CACAGUUCCUGCCGUGUAGUAAGAACGCCCUUCUUUCUCUAAAGCUGAGAACUCAAAGAAAGAUUCACCACUAUGAGGCUGUCUGUGUCUCUCCUGUUGGUCCUUCUGGCCCUUUGCUGCUAUGAGGGUGAUGCAACGGUCUGCCCUGCUCUUCUUGCUGAAAAUACAGGGUAUUUAUAUUUGCCUGAAGAUGCGUUUAGAGCACAACUGGCCACAUUUGCACCACCAGAAGAAGCAGCUGAGGCACUGAUAACAGUGAAGAAGUGCACUGAUGAAAUGUCAUUCAUUGAAAGGACCCGAAUCGCAGAAGCACUGGGAGAAGUGGUGGGAGAAUGCCCAGUGCUUGCUGUAUGAAGACUACUGGGUCCUGGUUUCCAGAGCCUGUCAAGGAUAUCAUAUUUCUGAAUUUAGAAUAUCCAGGUUUCAAUGUCUUGCUUUAAUAAAUCAUUUCCCUAGCA